GGGUGCGCGUAUUGCACAUACUUUAUUUCACAAAUAAACUACAGCUUUAAUUUGCUUUAAAUUAAUCUGGUAAAUUUGCAACUGCACAAUAGUGAAUUUGAUUCCACAUGAGAAACAAAAUCCCAGACAUGCAACGCACGUGUGUCAUGCGGAAGUUACGACCUGACGUUACUCGACAGAGUGUUUGAACAACAGUGGGAUGAAAUGCUCGUGCUGCGGUGUUCUGUCAAUAAACUGACAGCUGCUUGUAAACCUUCAAUAGAUUUGCAGGAUUGUAUUUACAUCCUACUUGUGACCAGCAGAGGUAAACACAACGAAAGGCGUGCUCGAGCGGUGGUUACUGCGAGACCCCCCCAGCACAGAUACAAACUGCGUUUGCAAGAAAGCCAUAGCAGGUGUUUCUGCAGUGCAGCUGGAGGCAGGAAGCCCAUGGCAGAGGGACCUUUCGUGUGUGAAGACAGCAAGCUGGAUGGAGGUCACACCGUAUCUCCUGACCUCGAGAUGAGCGACUCUGGUGAGAAAAACGACCCGCUGGAUUACAGACAAAAGGGAGAUGCGACAUGUUCCAAACGGGACUCUCAGGGGCGCUUUGUGAAUCCGUGGACAACAUGGCAGUUUCCGUCCUACAGCACCAUCCUUCGCCUCUUCCUCAUGGAGAAGAACAACAGCAGCGUUCCCAGCGCCAAAGAGGUUCUGGACCGAGAACUUCCUGUCCACGAGCCAUAUUUUGUCCAGAACCCGGAUCUGUGCAGGCAGACGGGCUCAUCUGUGCGAGGGACAUGGCUGGGUCAUGCCACUGUGCUGGUGGAGAUGGAUGGACUGGUGCUUUUGACCGAUCCUGUGUUCAGCCAGAGAGCCUCGCCAAUGGCAUUCAUGGGCCCAAAGCGUUACCGUGGCCCGCCGUGCACCGUACAACAGCUUCCUCAAGUGGACGCCGUGGUGAUCAGUCAUACACACUACGAUCACCUUGACGCAGAUUCGGUGACAGCGCUCAACGCUCGGUUCGGUUCUGACCUGCACUGGUUCGUGCCGCUCGGGCUGGCAGGAUGGAUGCAGAAGACAGGCUGUGCAAACGUCACCGAGCUGGACUGGUGGACGGGCAGUCGAAUUCCCGGUCGUGACGACUUCACCGUGUUUUGCACGCCAGCCCAGCACUGGUGCAAACGCUCGCCUUUGGAUGACAACAGAGCAUUAUGGGGAAGCUGGACUGUCGUGGGCCCUCGUAACCGCUUCUUCUUCGCUGGAGAUACGGGGUACUGCUCAUCGUUUCAGGAGAUAGGAAGACAUUUCGGACCAUUUGACCUGGCUGCUAUCCCAAUUGGAGCGUACCUGCCCAGAGGGAUCAUGAAAUCUCAGCAUGUGGACCCAGAGGAGGCUGUGCAGGUCCAUGUAGACAUCAAGGCGAAAAACUCACUGGCCAUUCACUGGGGCACAUUUGCUUUAGCCUAUGAGCAUUAUCUUGAACCUCCUCGACGUUUGCGUGAAGCUAUGGUGAAUCACGGACUGAACCCAGAUCUGUUCUUCACACUUGGUCACGGAGAAUCAUGCAUGAUCAACCAGGAUGCGGACCCUCCCAUCUAAACAAAAGACCAGGAAUACACAGGCAAAACAAAAAUGCUUAUCACACAAUAGGACUCCAUUUUUAUGAGGUGUAAAAUUGCUGUUAUAGAUGGUCCAGUGGCUGGACUCUGGAAUUCAUAUAAUAUCAAUGCAUGUUUAUAAAACUAUUCAAACUUUGGUAGCUAUUAUCAUGGUCUGGCUAUAAUAAAAAUAAUACUACAAUUGUAUUGAAUUUGUUUUGAAGAUCUGCUAGCUAUAAGAAUAACAUUUUUGUUUGCUUGCAUAUUCAUGUACAUUGCAGAAUUGAAAGACAGAUGCGGCUUUCCAAUUACAGCCGGCAGGUUUGUUCCUGUAGCUCACUUGGUGGAGCAUUGCGCUAGUAACACAAAGGCCGUGGGUUUGAACACAUACUGAUAAAAGUAUACGCCUAAAUGCCCUGUUAAAAGCCAUUCUGGAUAAAAGCAGCUGUAGCAGUUGCUCAGCUGGGAACUUACCUUUGCAGGAAGAGAUUGCAAUAAAUCCAAGAUGCGUUCACAGCCUUUAUAAAAUGCGUCACAUGAAGGAGCAAACCUUAGGAAAUUCACUUUAUUUGCAAUUGUUUAAUAACAUCAUUCCUCAGAUAAAAAUGCAAUAUUACAGGAAUAUACAGCAGAGAUUAAUUUAAAACUUCCUGUCGAGAACCAUACAAUCUAAAGAUAUUUUUUAGUUUUUAUUUACUGGUAGCGUGCGUUAUAAGCAAGACACACUCUGUCACCAAAGACAGACU